UAUAGAUAGAUAGAUAGAUAGAUAGAUAGGUAAGUAAGCUGCUGGCAUGGGUUACAAGUAAAAUAAUAUCAAUAUGGAGGGUGUUGUCCAAUGCUCUGCAAACUACACUCCUCUUUCCCCAAUAAGCUUCUUAGAGAGAGCAGCCAUUGUGUAUGGAGAUAAGGUUUCCAUGGUUUAUGGUACUGAGAAAACUUCGUGGAAAGAAACACAUCAACGCUGUAUCAAGCUUGCUUCUUCUUUGGUCCAGUACUUUGGAAUUUCUCGUGGUGAUACUGUUGCUGCUAUAGCACCAAAUGUUCCAGCACUCUAUGAGCUGCAUUUUGGCGUUCCGAUGGCUGGAGCAGUUCUGUCUGCACUAAACACCAAGUUGGAUGCAACCAUGUUAGCUUUGUUAUUAGAACAGUUAGAGGCCAAAAUCAUUUUUAUCUACUACGAGUUCGUCGAGGUAGUUUUCGACGCAUUAAACAUACUCUCCGACAGAGAAGGCAAGCCCCCAGUACAAGUACUUGUUCUAAUAGCAGAGAGUGAUCAAAUUACAGCACCCUCAAUACUUACUAAAGAAACCCCAGCAGGCUGUAGCCUGGAAUAUUACAAUGCUCUUCUUGCAAGGGGACGAGCAGAUUUUGAGAUUGUACCACUAAAAAAUGAGUGUGAUCCCAUCUCGGUGAAUUAUACUUCAGGCUCAACUGGGAUUCCUAAAGGAGCAAUAUACAGCCAUAGAGCUGCCUACCUCAAUUCACUUGCAGCAGUUUUUCGCAGUGACAUGAGACAAAUGCCAGUGUUUCUUUGGACUGUUGACAUGUUUCGCUGCAAUGGGUGGUGCUUCACUUGGGCAAUGGCUGCACUUGGCGGCACCAAUAUCUUCCUUAGAACUGAACUUUCCUCAAAAUUCAUAUUUGAUGCAAUUUAUAUUCACAAAGUUACUCACUUGUGUGGUGCACCCACCAUUUUGAACAUAAUUGCAGACGCUCCGGCUACUGAUCAUCAGAGCCCACUCCCAUCCAGGGUGAACAUUACUGUUGCUGGUGCAUUACCACCACCCCAAAUCCUCAUGAAGGUUACCGAACUAGGAUUUAACAUCAGCCAUGGCUAUGGUAUGACAGAAGCCCUUGGCCCUGCAGCCAUUCUAGGACCAUGGGAAAGCAGAUUGGAGAAUUCUUCAAAAUUUAUAAUGGAUGAACAAACAGAAAGAAUAAAGGGUCGUGAAGGGCUUCACAACCUUAUAAUGGAUGGUGUAGAUGUGAAAGAUCCGAAAACCAUGAAGAGCACACCUUGUGAUGGGAAAACCAUCGGGGAGGUAAUGCUUAAGGGCAAUGCUUUAAUGUUAGGGUACAUUAAAAAUCCAAAAGUAGCUCAAGAGGCUUUUAGGGGUGGAUGGUAUCAUUCUGGGGACCUAGCAAUCAGACAUCCAGAUGGCUUUGUACAAAUAAAAGACCGUGCAAAGGAUAUCAUAAUCUCUUCCGAAGGAGAGGCAAUAAGCACACUUGAGGUGGAGGCAGUGUUGCUAAGUCAUCCAAAGGUGUUGAAUGCUGCUGUUGUUGGGAGAGCAUGUGAUGGCCACCCGCUGGGGGAUCAGGCUCCUUAUGCGUUUGUGAAGUUGAAGAAAGAGUGUGAUGUGUGUACGGCGGAAGAGAUUAUUAAGUUUUGUGGGGAUCGAUUGCCCAAGUAUAUGGCUCCUCACGGUGUUGUUUUUGGGGAUUUACCAGUCAAUUCAACUGGUAAGAUACAGAAAUUUGUUCUCAGAGAGAAGGUUAAUAUUGCAGCUGGUCUGGCUCUCCAAAACGGGCUCCAAUAGAUGUAAUUAAUGCUCGGUCUGUUGCUUGAAUUCCUUGGUAUGUGAAAAAUGAAGUCCCUAAGGUCAAAUGGAUCACUGUAUGAAUGUUAAUAUGCAUUAUGAUUGAUAAUGGGUGAUUUGGCCA